GUAAGUAUCCAAAAGGGGACAGUAGAGAGCACGACCGGGGAUGCAGACAACACACCCGAAGAAGAAAUGAAACCGCAGCGCUGGUUAUCUUCCAUUAAAUAUCAAGUAGCUAGCUGGAAGCUAGCAAAGUAUCAUUUUACCGAAUUGUUUUAGGGUAUUGUAUUCAAUAUGGGCAAGAGGGACAAUCGUGUGGCUUACAUCAACCCCAUAGCAGCUGCUAGAGCCAGGGGGCCAUCACAGGCCUCAGGACCAACCAUACAGGAUUAUCUGAGCAGACCUCGACCAACAUGGGAAGAGCUAAAAGAGCAGCUGGAGAAGAAAAAGAAAGGCUCUAGAGCCUUGGCGGACUUUGAAGAUAAGAUGAACGAGAAAUGGAGGAAAGAGCUGGCUAAACACAGAGCAAGAUUACUAACUGACAAAGAGAGAGACAAAAAAUCAUCGGACCGAGAAAAAGACGACAGAAAAGAAAAGAAAGAGAAAAAGAAGAAAGAGAAGAAAAAAUCCAGCAGGCAUUCUUCAUCUUCCUCCUCCUCCUCCUCAUCGAGUUCUGAUUCCUCCAGCAGCUCCUCUUCAGAGUCUGAAGAUGAGGAAAAAAAGAAAACCACAAAGAAAAAGAGGAAGAGAAAAAAACUUUCAGCCAGAAGAGCAUCUGACAGCCCAGAGGAGGAUUCAGAUGCAGAAACCAAGAAAAGGAAACGAAUAAAAGAAGAGCUGGACAGAGAUGAGGAGGAAAAGGUACUUCGGAAAAAAAGGAAGGCUGAAAGAAGUCACAGAAAUUCCUCCUCAGAGUCUGCCGUCGAUUCAGACGGCGAGGAGAUGGGUGAAGCCAAGAAAAAAAAGAGAAGCAGUGAGGAGGAGAAAUUCUCAGUCAGUAACAAGUCUAAGAAGAAGAGGAAAAAGAAGCACAAGAAACACGGCAGGAAAAAGAAAAAGAAAGCAGCAUCUCAGUCGGACUCUGACUUUGACUAAAAGUGCUUUUCUUUUCCUGACUAUUUCCAUGUAGUAUCAUUUUGCAUUUGACUUCCAAACUCUUAUCUCAUCUCACUUGAAUGAGGACAGACGAUGCUGCAGUCCAGGGAAUAAAGUAAACAUUUUUAAAAUAUUUAAUUUGCAGGUACAUAUUUAAUAGACUUUCUGUCAAAUGUUUUUAUUCUGAAGGUUGCAUUCAGUAACAAGACUGACAAGAAAAUAUUGUUUCUUAUAUUUAGACACCCACUUCAUUCAGUAAGCUGGUCUUCCUUCUGCUUCUCACCAGGUUUCUCCUUUCACUGCACAGGUGCUGGUGCACGUGUCAUGCAUGUAGACUAUCUGAUGUCUUGCCAACCUCAUAUUGAAGUUGGAUUGUGUUAUGAGACAUGUUGGGCUCUCCGCUAACAUGUGUAAAGAGGAAUUGUUCCGGUAGAUGAAAUGUUACACUACAGUGUAAAUGUAUUAACAGUGACAAUAAAAUGUGUUGCUGGGAAAUA